UUUGACCACAUUUCAAUGCCAAAAAAUAAACGAGUGUAGGCUGAAGAAAUCGUUCGUAUAGUUUACAUUGUAAACCUUUCAACUAUGAACAUUAUUCGUAAAACUUAAUCUUAAUUUUUAAAUAUUAUUUUUUUUCAAACUUUCAAGGGAAUAAUUUUUUUCCAAGAAUAACACAAGUUUGUUUGCAUUAUUUGGGGCUAUAUUUUUUCUUGCUUGAUGUUGGCUAUGCAGGUGAGGUUUGGUUCUGUUGUUCUACAGGUGUGGUUUUCUUGUGUGAUGUUGUGAUGCAUGAGCAGGUGUCUUGUUUCAGUCACGUUCUAAUUAUUAGUUCUACACAGUGAGAUUCAAUUUAUUACGCCUACACAUGUUUCAAAUACCUCAUCUUGUGUCAUUGAGAUUCAAUUUAUUAUGCCUACACAUGUUUCAAAUACCUUAUCUUGUGUCAGUGAGAUUCAAUUUAUUACGCCUACACAUGUUACAAAUACCUCAUCUAGUGUAAGGGAGAUUCUAAUUAUUACGCCUACACAUCUUACAAGUACCUCAUCUUGUGUCAGUGAGAUUCCAAUUAUUGCGCCUACACAUCUUAAAAAUAACUCGAUUUGUUCCGGGCUGCUACAUCGUGAUUAAUUUUAAACUUUUCUUUAAACCUCUAAGGACUCGUUCGCAAAUUACGUCACGCUCAGGGGGAGGGGGGGGGUCUAGAAUCUGUGACAUGGGCAGGGGGCGUCACGAAAUUUGUGACGUCGCGAUUAAUUUUUUUUUUUUUUUAUUUUUUUAAAAAAUUAAAAAAAAUUUAUUUAAAAAAAAAUUUUUAUUAAAUUAAUUUAAAAAAAAUAAAUUUAGACUCGUUCGCAAAUUACGUCACGCUCAGGGGGAGGGGGGGGGUCUAGAAUCUGUGACAUGGGCAGGGGGCGUCACGAAAUUUGUGACGUCGCGAUUAAUUUUUUUUUUUUUUUAAUUUUCUAAAAAAUUAAAAAAAAUUUAAUUAAAAAAAAAUCUUUAUUCAAUUAAUGUUAAAAACAUUAAUUUGAGUUCUAAAUUUCCGGAGGAAUUGUAGAUACCAUGAAACUCAGUCAACUGUGGCGGCCAUUUUACAUUCGGCUCGGGGAAGACUGCGUUGUUUCGCGUCACAGUUUACUAAUGACACGACAUCUUAAUCCAUGAUGGGAUAUUGGUAGAGUCGACACACAGCCUCUGACAGUGGGUUGGGUGGCCUGACAGUUUGAGAGGAACUUUAUGUCACUGACAGUAUGAGAGAAACUGGAUGGCAUUGACAGUAUGAGAGAAACUGGAUGGCAUUGACAGUAUGAGAGAAACUGGAUGGCACUGACAGUAUGAGAGAAACUGGAUGGCACUGACAGUAUGAGAGAGACUGGAUGGCAUUGACAGUAUGAGAGAAACUGGAUGGCACUGACAGUAUGAGAGAAACUGGAUGGCAUUGACAGUAUGAGAGAAACUGGAGAGCACUGACAGUAUGAGAGAAACUGGGUGGACUGACAGUAUGAGAGAGACUGGAUGGCACUGACAGUAUGAGUCGACACACAGCCUCUGACAGUGGACUGGGUGGACUGACAGUAUGAGAGGAACUUUAUGUCACUGACAGUAUGAGAGAAACUGGGUGGACUGACAGUAUGAGAGGAACAGGAUGGCACGGACAGUAUGAGAGAAACUGGAUGGCACUGACAGUAUGAGAGAAACUGGGUGGACUAACAAUAUGAGAGGAACAGGAUGGCACGGACAGUAUGAGAGAAACUGGAUGGCACUGACAGUUUGAGAGAAACUGGACAGCAUUUACAGUAUGAGAGAAACUGGACGGCACUAACAGUAUGAGAGAAAUUGGACGGCCUUGAUAGUAUAAGAGAAACUGGAUGGCACUGACAGUAUGAGAGAAACUGGAUGUCACUGACAGUAUGAGAGAAACUAGACGGCCUUGAUAGUAUAAGAGAAACUGGACGGCACUAACAGUAUGAGAGAAACUGGACGGCAGUGAAAGUAUGAGAGAAACUGGAUGGCACUGACAGUAUGAGUGAAACUGGAUGGCACUGAAAGUAUGAGAGAAACUGGAAGGCACUGACAGUAUGAGAGACACUGGAUGUCACUGAAAGUAUGAGAGAAACUGGAGAGCACUGACAGUAUGAGAGAAACUGCAGGGCAGAGACAGUAUGAGAGGAACAUAUUUUAAUGCAGUGCACUGGGCCUCUAACCCGCAGGAGGAACACAAAAAGAGGAACUCCAUGGAUCCUUUAAAAAAACUAGGUCACAUUUUGACCCUUAUCUUCUAGACUUGCAUCAUGGCCCUGGCGGAAGUAAGAUUACGGUGACACCAUGUUGUAGUUUUAAUUGACUCAGUCUGAGUCGGGAGAAAGUGGCCAAAAAGCUCUCCGAGCCAAAAAGCUGGCCUUAGAGAACGUGUAACUGAGCUUGGUUGAAGUACUUCUCUCUGAUUGUUUUUGUUUUCUGUUGGUCAUUUCAACACAAACAUUACUGUAGUCCCAUAAGUCCCAUUAGCUGUAAUCAUUCAAGGACGCUAAAAACUAUUUCUGGGUGUUCAUUGCUCAUAAAUGAGCAGAGGCGUAGCUAGAAUGUUUGGCGCCCGGGGACAAGAUUCAUUUUAACGAGCCUCCCUUUCUUUUUUCAACUCUCAAACUCAUUAUUUUCAUCAAUAAAAUAAUAUCAAAGGACAUUUUAGCGCCCCUGACUAGGCUGUUGCUGGGACAUCUGUCCCCCUGCCCCCGCCCCCUUAGCUACGCCCCUGUCAAUGAGUCUCACAUUUCUUCAUGACAUCCAAAUUGAUGAACUUAUUAGAAGACUAAAUCAAGAAUACUCAUUAAAGCUCUUGACGUUAUUAUUUUUUUUUUUUUACAGUUAUAUUAAUUCAAUAAAACCACCGACCACAAUCAGACAUCGCAUCAAUUAAACAUGGGGAAAAAGGCGGUUACAGAACAACCUAAUGGAGACCAAGGUAAGUUAAAAGGGAGAAUUUUCCACUCUACUUGCAAACUGAGACUUUUCCAUCUUUGAUAACACUGACACUUUUCUGUAAAAAAAAACAAAAACGAACGAUACUUUCAUUGUGAGUCAUGAUCGCGUUCAUAAGAUCAAACACCAAGUCAAUAUGAUUAAAUAUAAAGUUCAUGUGAUGAAACACCAAGUUUAUAUUGUUAUGUGAAUACAAAUUCAGAAUGUAUCGCUUUUAUAACAUACGCAUAACAUUUUUAUUUCGCGAACCGCAUGCUGCUCUUUAGCGACCUGAGUGCAGCUCGGCCAGCAGGCCAUUCGGCCACAAAUCGGGUUCGACUCUGAAAAAACAUUGUUCUUUACAGAUUCUCGAAAAGAAAUUCGGAUCUCAAUUUAAAAAAAGAAAAAUAGUCCUACUGCUGAUUUUUUGGCUCUUUUGACUAAUGGGCUUGCCGACCGCUGGUGUAGACAAAUCACUUUCAUCUAAGUUAAUGCUAAGGCGAUUCAAGAUGAACAUGACGUUAACAUUAGUCAACAAUGCGAUUCAUAGAAAGUUAAUUAAAAUCGUUUUAUACUUGUAUGAUUAAUUAAUAAGUGCAUUUUGUUAAAUCCAAGAGUGAGUAUUUUUUUCUAACUUGAUAUAUGUUGGUGGCAAUGAUGUUUUACUCGGUAAACCGGAAAUUUGAUCGAAAGAAAUUUCAUCGACGGUAAAUUGAUCGACGGAAAUUUGAUCGGACGGAACUUUUUUUUUCCAAUCUUUAUUUCAGUUCACGCGUUACAAUUUUCGUCCAAUUUCUCUUUGAACGCACUCUUCUAUGUUGUCAAACAAAAUAAUGCGCUCAAAAAGAAAUUUGAAACACAAUUUUAACGUAAAAACUGAAGAAAAAAAAUUGUAUCAAAUUACCGUCGUUCAAUUUACCGUCGAGGAAAUUUCUUUCGAUCAAAUUUCCAGAUACUGUUUUACUUUGCUAUCAAACACAACAUUUAUUAUUCAGAAAAAAUGUACCUUAACUUAAUAAUAGGCCAUCGCCCUAAUUUCGAGCCAACCCCAUUCAUAAAUCUGCAGUCAGUUUAUAAAAUCUUGCGUAUAAAAUGAUUGGCUUACUGAAUCAUGUCUGUACAGUUUGCCAGAAGAAGAGGGGACGAAUCAUAAACAAGUUUUAUGUUAUUUUAAAUUCUUACAUUUUUGCUUACCAGUUCUACUGAUGCCCCUCCCAGUCGGUAUUUCGAACUGCCCCCCAGGCCUGGAGUAUAUCGCUGCAGUGGAUCAGUUGAUCUUUAAGCAGGAAGUAAGCAUCUUUGAAGGUAAUUGCACACUGACGCAACUGACGCGUCUUGUUUAAUGGAGUCAUCCACCAGUAACAACAGAACACAACUCCAUUUAUGAGACCAUAUUUUUUUUUUUUUUUAAUUAUUAUUUUUUUUAAAAAUCCCCUCUCUUUUUCAGCACUCACUGGAUUUGAAGUGAAAAAUAAGUACAGAGUCUUUAACAGCCUCAACCAACAAGCCUAUUGGGUACUGGAAGGUCAGUUGGUGUUGUGGUGCAUCAAUCGAGUCGGUUUUAUAGUUCAUUAAAGCGUUAUUUAGUGUACUUUUCAAGUCAUUCACAAGUCAAGACUUUUGUACCAUUCAAUACGGUGAUGCACAGUAGGAUUUGUACGGCACAUCAAAACUACAUGCUGAUUAGGAGAUUUGGAAUAGGCAAGAUACACAUUUUAAUCUAAAGUGGUAGGAACAUGUAGGAUAGACCGUAGAAUUGGUAGGAUCGACAGAACAUGUAGGACAGACCGUAGAAUUGGUAGGGUCGAUAGAACAUGUAGGACAGACCGUAGAAUUGGUAGGGUGGAUAGAACAUGUAGGACAGACAGUAGAAUUGGUAGGGUCGACAGAACAUGUAGGACAGACCGUAGAAUUGGAAGGGUCGACAGAACAUGUAGGACAGACCGUAAAAUUGGUAGGGUCGACAGAACAUGUAGGACAGACCGUAGAAUUGGUAGGGUCGAUAGAACAUGUAGGACAGACCGUAGAAUUGGUAGGGUCGACAGAACAUGUAGGACAGACCGUAGAAUUGGUAGGGUCGAUAGAACAUGUAGGACAGACCGUAGAAUUGGUAGGGUCGACAGAACAUGUAGGACAGACCGUAGAAUUGGUAGGGUCGACAGAACAUGUAGGACAGACCGUAGAAUUGGUAGGAUCGAAUGAAUAUGUAGGACAGACCGUAGAAUUGGUAGGAUCGACAGAACAUGUAGGACAGACCGUAGAAUUGGUAGGAUCGACAGAACAUGUAGGACAGACCGUAGAAUUGGUAGGAUCGAUAGAACAUGUAGGACAGAUCAGACGACUGGUCGCAUAAACCACGGGACAGGUUGGACCGACCACAGACCGGCGAGGAUAAGCAAGAUAUUCAAUAAUAAGUAGGAAGGAUCCCAGAAUAUUUUAAAUAGGGCGAGGAGGAAAGAUGUCAUAUUUAAUGCUCAUCAUUCAAUUUUGAUCUCCGUAGCAUAGCCGUUGUUCUGAUCGAUGGUUAAGUUAGAGGUGGGGGGGGGGGGGCCUUUACAUUUUUACUCCUCUUCAGAUGGUUUGUGCAAGGCGUCACCCCACUGGUACAUUAUUCAUAUUAACAUACAAUAUCUUAUAAGAUGGUGUGUCAUGUAGUAUGUCGUCCCAAAGUCACUUAACAAUCUUCCUAUACCAUCAGAAUCUGACACGUGUAACAGAAUAUGGGCUGGGCCACAAAGAGGCUUCGUGUUCCAUGUGACAGAUAACAACCAACAGGUACUUUAAGGUUUUGUUACUUUUGUGACAGAUAACAACCAACAGAUACUGUAAGUUUGUGACAGAUAACAACACCAGGUAAUGUAAGGUUUUGUGACUCUUGUGUCAGAUAACAACCAACAUGUAAUGGAAGAUUUUGUGACUCUUGUGUCAGAUAACAACCAACAGGUAAUGUAAGGUUUUGUGACUCUUGUGUCAGAUAACAACCAACAGGUAAUGGAAGAUUUUGUGACUCUUGUGUCAGAUAAUAACCAACAGGUAAUGUAAGGUUUUGUGACUCUUGUGUCAGAUAACAACCAACAGGUAAUGUAAGGUUUUGUGACUCUUGUGACAGAUAACAACCAACAGGUACUGUCAGGGACUGUAGUUUCAUGUGACAGUUAACACACGUCAGGCACUGUCAGGGAUUGUUCUUCAUGUGACAAAUAACAGGUACUGUUCGGUUUUGUGACUCAUGUGACAGAUAAAAACCGUCAGGCACUGCCAGGGAUUGUGUGUCAUGUGACAGAUAAAAACCGUCAGGCACUGCCAGGGAUUGUGUGUCAUGUGACAGAUAAUGGAGAUGUACUGUCGGAGUGUUUGUUUCAGCUACUUUAAUGUGGAUUAAGUUCUUUUGUUUCCUAUAAUCGUUCUCAGCACAUUAUAAAUGGAAAUUUUAGACCGGUUUGAAACAGAUCUGAAUUUAAUUUUAUAUAAUCAAGCACUUCCAUUUUACCUCUUGAUUUUAAAAAUUAAACAAGGUGUACUACAUCAUAAAAUCGACAUGUUGUACUAUAUUAUGAAGUCUAUUAAUGAGUUAAUUUAUUCUCAUUAUUUAUUUGGCAAACCACAAAGGUGACCAUUUAGCCAAAUAUUUUAUCAAAUCAUUUAUUUACAUAGUAAAUGAUUUUUUGUCUGAUACAGUGGCGUAGGGAAAGGGAGGAGCUCGGGGGGGGGAGGCCCUUAGCAACACUUUUAUUUUGUUUUUAUAGAGGGGCGGCUUUUUUCAUGGAAAUGAGGGUGACACAAAUCUUGGCACUAAUCCUAGCAGCGCCACUGGUCUGAUGGAAAUUAUUUUGAAACAAAAUCAACGUGUGUCCAAAAAUAUCUCUUUUAAAUCCAAAAUGUAAGUUCAACAAUGCUGAAUUAUUUAAAUGUCAUAACAAUGGCUUAUGGCUUUAAUUGUAUACAACUGUCAUCCCCAGGAUGUAAUGACAAUAGAGCGACCUUUUCUCAACUGCAAGGGAUGUUGCUGGUGUGCUGAUGGCUGCUGCAAGUAUCCUAUCUACGUCAAAGAUAAAGCUGGACGUAAGCUGGGCAUGAUCAGAAUGAUGUAAGCGUUUAUUUAGUUUAUAACUAUGAUAAGAAUGAUGCAAGCGUUUAUUUAGUUUAUAACUAUGAUAAGAAUGAUGCAAGCGUUUAUUUAGUUUAUAACUAUGAUAAGAAUGAUGCAAGCGUUUAUUUAGUUUAUAACUAUGAUAAGAAUGAUGUAAGCGUUUAUUUAGUUUAUAACUAUGAUAAGAAUGAUGCAAGCGUUUAUUUAGUUUAUAACUAUGAUAAGAAUGAUGCAAGCGUUUAUUUAGUUUAUAACUAUGAUAAGAAUGAUGUAAGCGUUUACUUAGUUUAUAACUAUGAUAAGAAUGAUGUAAGCGUUUACCUAGUUUAUAACUAUGAUAAGAGUGAUGUAAGCGUUUACUUAGUUUAUAACUAUGAUAAGAGUGAUGUAAGCGUUUACUUAGUUUAUAACUAUGAUAAGAGUGAUGUAAGUGUUUACUUAGUUUAUAACUAUGAUAAGAGUGAUGUAAGCGUUUACUUAGUUUAUAACUAUGAUAAGAGUGAUGUAAGUGUUUACUUAGUUUAUAACUAUGAUAAGAAUGAUGUAAGCGUUUAUUUAGUUUAUAACUAUGAUAAGAGUGAUUUGUUUCUUUACUAAAUCACAUGUGGUCGUAUAUUGUCUAUUGUUAACAGUUUAUUAACAGAGAGAGGUAAAUGAGGUAAUAUAUUAUAGUGGUAACUGAAAAGUGCAUAUUUUAUACAUCUGAAUAAUUUAUGUUCAAGGAACUCAUGUUGCAAACUUCACUUUGGAGUCUAUGAUGAAAACGAGGUGAUGCUGUACGAAAUCUGGAGCCCAUGUUGUCCAUGCAACUGUGGAGGCGACAUUGACUUUCCUGUAAGUGUUUCAGCUGACUCACAUUUCUUUUGGUAAAUGAUGGCGUGGGCUUUGCUUGAUGUUACUUUCGACGAGCUCAUCUCUUCAUACUAUAUCAUGAAAUCUUCAAUGACAUAUCAUAUGGAGAUGUUGUAGGCGAAGUGGAGUGAGAUGUGCUGGGGAAAAUGGCGGGAGAAAUGAUGGGAGAAAUGGUGGGGGCAAAAGGAUCUGAAAGGGUUCGCUGAAAGGGCGAAAACAACUUUAUUAAUUAAUUUUUAUGGCUUACUGAGAAGACAGAAAACCCUGUAAGAAAUCUGCUGUUGAUGUAUCAACAAUCUUACUGGCCUUGUUUGUUUCUUUUAGUUUUCUUUUGAAGAAUAUUUAUUUGUAAAUCUAAUUUAACGUAGAAUCUAUUUCACAUAAUGCUAAAAAAAUUCUCCUUAUUUCAGAUUCGCAGUGUUAAAGAUAAUGAAGUUGUUGGAAAUGUUGCUAAAACUUGGUCAGGGACUCUCAAAGAGUUUUUGACAGAUGCAGACACAUACUGUCUUACUUGUGAAUAUAUAUUUUUUUAGGGGCGGGGCUAAUUUAUAUAGCUGAACAAUUUCAGAGCACCUUGCUUUAUGUGUAACUUUUGAUUAAAAUUUAAAAUGUACAUUUCCUCGAAAUAACAGAAAACCAGUACGGUAUAUAACUUUUCACAAUAACUAAACAUAAUCCUUAUAAGUGGCUUUAUUGUGUGAUUGGAACACACAGAUUUUCUGCAAUACAAAUAAUCCUUAGGAAAUAUAUAAGUCUGUCAUUAAUUUAUAUUUUGCUAUGAAAAUAAAAUUAUGUUAAAAUUAAUUUGUCCCCAGUUCCAAUGAAUCUUGACGUUGCUCAUAAAGCUCUGAUGUUUGCUUGCGUCUUUCAGAUUGUGAGUACCAACCAAAUCAACGCAGCGCAGACGUUCCCAAACGUUUUUUUAGACACUAACCCAUUUUAUAGCGGCAAAGUGGCCCCGGUGAAUAAAAAGAAAUACUGUUAAAAAAGGCAUAGAUAAUAUGUUUGGAGUGGAAGUGUUAUGAAAUGAGUCAAACGUUAGGAGUCAAUCCUUCGAGUCAACGGCUUCACUCAGCUCAGAGAUCCGACUUAAAGCGGUCCGUGACCCCCGGGUUGGCAACUGGUGCUUUGUUAUUGUAAUCUUUAUGUAGACUGUGAUGAGCUAAUGUAGGACUGCCAUCUUACCAUCUUAAAAUAACUUCACUUUAUUUACACUAUUAACACUUUAUUUACACUUUAUUCAAUCUUGUUCAAACUCAGCAAGUUGUGCUCAUAUUUUUCACUGGGGCUAUUAAUAAUUGUCAUUUAAUUGUACACGUUUAAAUAAAUAUAAUAAUUAAAAUGGUUUUAAAUUGUAAACAAAUCCCAAAUAGAAAUAUGCAAAAGCAUCUUAACGUUAUGAUACACUACAAAACCUCAUUGGAAAUCUGGUUUAACCACAGAUAUGCUUUGAUAAUAACCUGGUAAAACCAAGUACUAAUUACUCAGGAGGUUAAAGGUUAGUUACAAGACAGUGAUAUUGUAAUUCACUAAAAAAAACUGAAGUCUAUACAUGAAGCCAAUGAACUGUAAGGCACACAUGAGUUGCGUAGGUACACCGUUUAAGGCACCCAUGAGUUGUGUAGGCACACCGUUUAAGGCACACAUGAGUUAUGUAGGUACACCGUUUAAGACACCCAUGAAUUGUGAAGGUAGACCCCUUUUAAAACCCAAAUGAAUUGUGUAGGUAGACCCCUGUUAAAGCACCCAUGAGUUGUGUAGGUAGACCCUUAUUAAAGCACCCAUGAAUUGUGUAGGUAGACCCUUAUUAAAGCACCCAUGAGCGGUGUUGAUCCUAGACGAGUCAACGAAGAUCUCAGCAAAUCCAAACUAUCAACACUACAGCAGCAACAGAUCAGAUCUAUGCUUAUGAGAACAAAUCCAAUGUUUAAUUAAAGAAAUCUCUUGUUUGAUAUACACACAACUUUUUUUAACAUAAGCACUUUCCGUUUUGAUAAACACAAAUCAAAAAUUAAAAAAAAAAAAAUCUACCAUUCAACAAACAAAAAUCGAACACUAAACAAACUCAAAUCUACCAUUUAAUAUACACAAGCCUUUUUGACACAUAUUUUUCUAUUUUCAGGACUUUGCUGUAUUUGAAACUCAAAAGAACCAGUAGUAAUCAGUUGCUGAGAUUAUUAUGUCGUGAGAUUUUUUAAGGAUGCGUUGCUCAGCACAUGAAAUGGGGCCUAUUUCGAUUUUAAACUUGACAUCGAAUUGCCCGAGAUCAACAAUCUUCUAUUGAUAUCUUUAGACGCCUGAUUCCUUUUUAUAUUGGUUUAAAACAUUUUUUUUUUUAAAACGAAGUUGUUGUUUUUUUGUUAUAGCAUGGUGGCAUCUCUACUUCCCAUACUAAAAAUGUUAUUUAAAUUUUUAAAAGGUAUUGAAUUUCUUAAAAAUGUAUUUAAACUGAGGUUAUCGUUCAUCAACUGGAGGCAAACAUUCAUCUUCAAUGUUGAAAGUGUACACUACGUAGUAUGAGAACCUCUGCAGCGAUUCAGUGACAUUGAUUUCAGAAAAAAAUUGUACCUGAAUUUUGACAUUUCUUACUGGGCAGUUUGGGAAGAAUUACAAUGAUAAAGCUUAAAGAAUGUUUAACAUUUAUAUUUGAUUGGAGCAGUGAUGACAAUUUAUUGUUUAACUGAAAAGAAUUCAACGCUACAAUAAAACAACAAAUUUGAUUAGUAAGAGAUAAAAAUGCAAUUGUUUUGUUUAAAAGCUUAAUUUGAUAAAUAGUAAGUACUUGAUGUUAAAAAAUUGAUUUCAACAUUUGACAUCUAUAACCCAAUGUUAGGAUUUAUUAUGUAUUUUGUUAUUAUUUCCUUCAAAUAUUCCAUUGUGAUAUUUUACAUACAUAUUAUACGUAUACUAUCUUUUAAGAUGUAUUUUUUAAACGCAACUUUUUAAAAAAAUGUUUCUGAAAUUCAUAAAUAAAACUAUUGAAUGAAUUGGAUUG